AACGCCUCAAGCCACAUCGUCUCGCUGCCCGUCAAGAUGGCCCCCACUGGAAAGACCGCUGCUGCUAAGCACAAGUUCACGAUCGACUACUCCCGUCCCGCCAGCGAUGGUGUUUUCGACGGCGCGGCCUUUGAGAAGUUCCUCCACGACCGUAUCAAGGUCGAUGGCAAGACGGGCCAGCUCGGUGAGAACGUCAAGAUCCACCGCGAUGGCGACACCAAGAUCACCGUGACCUCGAGCAUCCCCCUCUCGAAGCGGUAUCUCAAGUACCUUACGAAAAAGUUCCUCAAGAAGAACACUCUGCGUGACUGGAUCCGCGUCGUUGCUUCGUCGAAGGAUGUCUACCAGCUCCGCUUCUACAACAUCCAGGCUGCGGAAGAGGAGGAGGAGGAGUAAGCACCUCUCUCCAUCACGAUGUCGUCCCGCUCGUAUGUUGUAGGCUAGUCAUAUACAUAUGUCGCGCAUGCUCUGCUA